AUGGCCUCCGUACAGAAAAUCAACUCGGACGAGAACCCCAAGCACACUCAUAUUCUCUCCCAUGCCACAAAGGUCCCCGGCCUGAUCUUCCUUAGCGGUCAGACUCCAGUCGGUCAGGACGGCAAGGUCGUCGCGGGCGGGAUCAAAGAGCACACGGCCCAGUGCAUCACCAACCUCGGCAACGUCCUCAAAGCAGCCGGCUCCUCCUGGGAGAACGUCGUCAAAGUCAACGUCUACCUCAAGAACAUGGACGACUUUGGCUCCAUGAACGAGGUCUACGAGAAGCUUCUCCCUGCCCCCAAGCCUGCACGCACUUGCAUUCAGGCCGCAAAGCUGCCUAAUGAUGUGGACGUUGAAAUAGAGGCAAUCGCGGCUUACUGA